UUAAUGUGAAGUAAAAGAUAUUUUCAUUUAUGUAACCUCAGCAUACAGUGUGAGGUGUCCUGACACAGACAGACAUCAUUCGUCUGUGAGGUCUCUCUUUUUGUAUGAUUUUGAUGUCACAUGAAAACAAAAUGCCUUCCUGAAUGUUGUUUAUAACACUAGUUUUGAUCAGCACAACAAAAUUAAAAGCACAGCUAUACUGAUCUGACUGAUCUGUGAUCAGACAGGUGAGAUAUGCGAUGACAGGAGGUUAUAUCAGGAUGCUGCAUGUGUACGCGUGUGUGCGCGCGGCUGCGUGCGCGUCAUUGAUCUCUCUCUCUCUCUCUCUCUCUCUCUCUCUCUCUCUCUCUCUCUCUCUCGGCAUUGCGGUGCAGAAGUUGUGCGGGAUAGUCUUCAUGUAUUUGUCCCAACAUUCCCAUUUAAACUGCGUCUGAUCUAGGAUCAGUUAUGGCUUUAUCAGCGGAGCUCUGAAUGAUACGGUGAUGUAAUACGGUCCAUCUACUCAUGAGGUUUAGAUCCUCAUUUAGGGAUGGUUGUGUUUUUAAACUGAAGACAUUCGCCUCUUGUGACACGAUGGGACUAGGACAGUCCACUAGGACAUCAGCCAAUGAUAACACAGCAGAGGUUAACUUCGAGCACUUUCAGAUUCUGAGGGCCAUUGGUAAAGGCAGUUUUGGGAAGGUAUGCAUUGUUCAGAAGAAGGAUACAAAGAAGAUGUAUGCCAUGAAGUAUAUGAACAAACUGAAGUGUAUAGAGCGCAACGAAGUGCGCAAUGUUUUCAAAGAGCUUCAGAUUAUGCAGAACCUUGAACAUCCUUUCCUGGUGAACUUCUGGUACUCAUUUCAGGAUGAAGAAGACAUGUUCAUGGUAGUUGACCUGCUGUUGGGCGGAGAUCUACGUUACCACCUGCAACAGAACGUUCACUUUACAGAGAGCACAGUGAAGCACUAUGUGUGUGAAAUCGCCCUCGCUUUGCACUACUUGCGCAACAAACGCAUCAUUCACAGAGAUAUAAAACCAGACAACAUUUUACUGGAUGAACACGGUCAUGCUCAUCUUACAGAUUUCAACAUAGCUGCUAUCGUGAAAGAUGACCUAAAAGCAACAUCUAUUGCUGGGACAAAACCGUACAUGGCCCCAGAGCUGUUCCAGACGAUUGAAGGAACACAUUCAGGUUACUCAUUUGCAGUGGACUGGUGGUCUUUAGGCAUAACUGCAUAUGAGCUGCUCCGGGGACAGAGACCCUACAUUGUGCGUGCUAACACACCAACCAAUGAGAUUCAGCAAACCUUCCAAAAGAUUCAGCCCUGUUACCCUGUGACCUGGUCUUUAGGGAUUAAAUCCCUUUUAAGAAAGCUGUUGUGUGUAGAUGCUCAGGAAAGGAUUUCAUGCCUGUCAGAGCUUCAGGAUGUGGAAUACCUGGCUGAAGUCAACUGGGACGCUGUGCUUAACAAACAAAUCCCGCCUGGCUUCCUCCCUAAUAGGAGGAGAUUGAACUGCGAUCCCACAUUUGAGUUGGAGGAGAUGAUUCUGGAAUCCAGACCACUACAUAAGAAGAAGAAACGGCUGGCGAAAAAGACGAGAGAGAGCGACUCUGAUGGAUCUCCUCAGAAUGGGCAAAUCCAACAGCGCUUAGAGACUGUCCAGCGAGACUUCAUCGUCUUCAACAGAGAAAAGUUGAGGAAAAACAAAGCCGACACAGAGACGAUCGACAGUAAUGCUGAAGUGACGCACAAAGACAUUCAAGAUGGACAGAACAACAACGUUAGAAUGUCAACUCAUUUAUCAGGUUAACGUUUGUCUAAAGGAAUAAACCACCACAGUUUUCCACAGCAGGACAGACGCAAACAGAAAAUGCAUGAGAAAAUUCAUAACUGAAGCAGGAAUGUCCAUGUGAAAAUACUGGAAUAGUUGGGAAACUCAGGACCCUAAAGGCCAGCGGCAGCAGCAUGUCCCAGUGUGACCUUCACAGCAGUGAGAUCAGCAGUUUACAAUGACUGAUCUCAAGAUAAGAAACACACACAAAACAAAAGCCACAAAUAAACAUCAUCAUCAUCAUCAUCUAGACACCUGCUGAAUGAAACGAUUUGUGUAGAUUUACUGCAGUCUGAUUCAGUCUUCAUGAUUUAACAUACAGAUGCAUCUCAUUGUGUCUAUAUGAUUUAUUUAAGAACUUUAUCAUUUCACAUGUCUGGAUGUAUAAAGGUUUUUUUUUUAAGUUUAUUGUUGAAUUUUACUGUGCACUUGUAGAAUAAUAAAUGCAGAUAUAAUGAAACACUUUGAUAAGUGUGGCUGAGGUUUGCACAUCAAAUAAAAGUUUGCCCAUUUAGUCUGCUUUUAGAUCAUGUAUUAAAUAGUAAUU